CACACUAAGUGGACGCGCGUCUCAAUUGCCGCCAUUUGAAAAAAAACGAAGUAAUCGAAUCCUGAUUUUGCACUUUGUCAGAUUCAGGAUACAGUCGCUAGCUAUGGAGGACAUCUUGGGCGUGCUGAGCUCGCUCCCGGACCUGCGGCGCGAGCUGGAGGUGCUGCGCAAGGCCCACUUUGAGGAGCUGGACCAACUCUUCUACGGCACCGUUCAUCCGGAAACGGAGGCCAAGGCGGCGGCGGACACGGCGCCGGUGGCCAAGAGCCAGGAGAACUCCUCGGUGACGCCGCAGCAGACAAAGAAGCGGCCCAAGCGACUCACCUCCCUGGCCGAGGAUCAAGAUGAGCCCGAGGCUGCUCCGGACACCACGACCAACACGUCCUCACUCCGCCAGAGCGCUCGGGUCAGCAACUCCCAACUGCUGGCCAUCGCCGAGGACGAGCUCAACUCCACGGCCUCGCUGAUGCCGCCGCCUCCCAUUCCCGCCACGGCGGACACCACCUUAGGCUCCGGACGGCCGCAGCGCGCCGCCAAGCUGAAGAGCGAGAAGCUGCUGAAGGAGGUGCCGCUCAACCGCAAGAUGCGGCGGCCCAGCAGCGAGGAGAGCAUCAAGAUCAAGGUGGAGAGCGAGCAGCGGGUGUCCCAGUUCAACAGCUCUACCAGUGGGAAGCCUGCCGAGGAGGAGAAGGCGGUGGUGGAGCCCGAACCGGAGCAGUCGUCCCAACAGCAAAGGCGCCGUGAGGAGGAUGCCGAGGAUCCCAACGCCACGAAGACCCUGCGCGUCAAGAUCAAGCGCGAGAAGCUCAGCAACGAGGGAUUAGUACCUCCCACCGAUGCGAGCACCGUCUCCUCCGCGACCUUGGAGGCUGUUCGUCCCGAUGAUACGGUGGCCAGCAACACGACGACCAACACCACAUCCACGGAGGUCGCCAAGAAGGGGCGCAAGAAGAAGAAAGACGUGGAGAACCAUCGACCCAUCAAGGUGGAGCGCUUCAGCGAUUUGGACAAGGGCUCUCCCGUCUCGUCGCGCACGCGCAAGUGCAGCACGGAGUCGCGACCAAACCAGGAACGCUCCAUAUACAAGGACGCACUCGAGGGUCCGCCCAUUGCAGCUGCUCCGCCGGCUGCCAACGAAACGGUGACGAUUUCCAAUGCCACCAUGGUGCUGGGUCCCGCGCCCACUGGCGACAGUCCCAUUGGGAUGUCAGCCGGGGAUGCCACGUUUGAGGUGCAUUCCAACGACAGGAAGGCGCCGCCGAUUAAGCAGGACAGCCUGCUCACGGAGGACGAGUCGCUGGAGGAGAAGCUGCCGCCAGCGAAGCUGCUUUCGAGCUUGAAGUCCAUUAAGCUGCCUACGCGCACGCAUGAGCUUUUCAACCCACUGCUGCAGAGUCCCGUGAAGCUGCGCGUGGAGGCGUUCGAGAAUGCGGCACAGAACAGCAUGCGUCCUAAAAGGGGCAAGGAAGCGGGCACGCCGGGAGCGAACAACACUCCCAAGAUUGGCAAGCUGCCUGCUCCAACAGUGGGUCGCUUUUUCACGCCCACCCAGUCCAGCAGCGCGCUGCCUUUAAGCUCGGCGCAGCCCAAGAAGGGACCUGCUAGCGCUUCCAAGGCCACCACCCUGAUGAAGACUGCUACCGGAACGAACCUCCGGUCCGCCAAUUCGACGUCCACGAAGACGCUGUCGCGCGAGAACAGCGGCGACGACUUCCGCAAGGGCCUGCACAAUCUCGCCGAGGAGCGCAAGAAGCUGCGCGAGCAGAAGCACCAGCAGGCCGCCCAGCAGCGCGAGGCCAAGGAGCGGGAGCGGGCCGAGCGCAUGGCUAAGUUGGCCGCCGAGCGAGCCAAAAAGCAGGAGGAGCGGAAGCGCAUUGAGGAGCGCAAGCGGCAGGAGAUGGAGGAGCUGCAGCGCAAGAUUCGCCAGCAGGAGGAGGCCGAGGCGCUGAAGAAGGCCAAGAUGAAGGAGCUGGAGCAGCAGAAACUGCAGCAGCUGACCGGAGCGAAGCCCAAGAAGAUGCUGCCGCCGCCGCCGAAGACCAAGUACACGUGGGAGAUGCUGCACGAGGACGACUCCACCGACGACGAGGGAAAGGUCACGCACAAGCGCCCGCCGGCGCCCACCUGGAGUCGAAGCCACGUGAGGGGCGAUGCGAUCGCCAUGCAGAGCCACUGCCCCACGGACAUCAUCGACAGCUUCUUCUCGGUGGCGCCCACCACACCGGACCUUAAGCAGAUAUUCCCGAACAUCGAUCCCAGCCAGCUGAAGCGCAACUCCAGCGUCCUGUGGUCCACGCCGCCGCGCUACUCGGAGCUCCCGAAAUACUAGCCAUGUAGUCCUGUUCUCUCUUUACCCUACCCUUAAAUGCACAUGUUUAUGAUUGAAUAAAUAAAGUUAAUUGUGAAAAUUAAA